AUGCUGUGCACUAAUCGAGCUGAAAGCUUCAGCACACACUCCUCAGAGUCCUCGCCGGUUCCGACGUCAUGUUUCGUCGACGUCGUUCUAGUCCCGCUGCCCGUCUGGAUCGCCCUCGCCGUGCUCGCGGCACUAUUCAUCGUGCCGCGACGUCUCAUCGCAGGCCUCACCAGCAGCAGCGAUGAGCAGCCCCUCAAGCUCCGACGGCCAUCGUGGCUGUACCGCACCGUUGCCGGCAUAUACUACAUCCUCAUCAUCUGCAAUAUUCUCAUGCACACGCUUGAGAUCGUGCGACUCUCGCUGAUCCACUUCGGCAUCGGGCUGCUGCCGUUUGCCUACGUCGGCCUGCUCCUGGGCGCUGGUCUUCACUGGUCCAGGGGCGGCGGCGGCGCAGGAGGCAGGAGGAGGAUUCCCGCCUGGCUGAUCGUCAACACGGUGGUGUGGCUCGGGGGCAUGACCAUGUCGGUGGUCAAGGUGGUCGGGCUGGACAGGGAGAGCGACCCGCGCAAGGGCUCCAAGUACCCGAUGAGCGACCAGGUUCUCGACGUGGCGGUCAUUGCUGGGGUGUAUGGGGUGAUUGCCGCGCUUGAGCUCGUGACAUGGUUAUGGAGGCGGCAAAACCACAGUCUGCACAAGUGA